AUGGGAAUCAGCGACAACGACGUUCAAAAGCAGCUCCGCCACAUGAUGGCAUUCAUCGAGCAGGAAGCUAACGAGAAGGCUGAAGAGAUCGAUGCCAAAGCAGAGGAAGAAUUCAAUAUUGAGAAGGGACGUCUCGUUCAGCAACAACGCCAAAAGAUCAUGGAGUUUUACGAGAAGAAGGAGAAGCAAGUCGAAUUGCAACGCAAAAUUCAGGCGUCGAACUCGCUUAACGCGGGACGUCUUCGUUGCUUGAAGGCUCGCGAGGAUCAUAUCCGCACGGUUCUCGAUGAGGCUCGAGGAAAUCUUUCGAGAAUCUCUGGCGACACCGCCAGAUACCCAGCUAUCCUUAAAGGACUCAUUAUGCAGGGACUUCUCCAAUUGCUUGAGAAGGAAAUUUCCCUUCGUUGUCGUGAGAAGGACGUUCGCCUCGUCGAGCAACUUCUUCCUGAGUGCCUUGACGCGCUCACUAAGGAGUGGGGAGAGAAAUCGAAGGUUGUCAUCGACAAACACAACUAUCUUCCAUCGGAAUCUGCUGGUGGAGUUGAAAUGAUCGCUAAGGGUGGAAAGAUCAAAGUUUCGUCGACUCUUGAGAGUCGUCUCGAUCUUAUUGCGAGCCAGAUUAUUCCACAAAUCAGAACAGCAUUGUUCGGACCAAACCCUAACCGCGCUUUCUUCGACUAA